CUGGGACUGUCGCUGCGCGCCGCCUCGACAAUCAUGGACGUUGAUUGUCCGAUUGUUAGCCUGAAGCGAUCCAGCAGCGCGCCGAUGAUUAACGAGAUCAGCGCGACCAUGUCCGUCACCACGCCGUCGACGUCGUCGUCGAGGGAUGCUGCAUCCACCUUUAACAUUUUUGCUAAUACAACUCGUCUACGACGUUUUAGUACCAGUAGCCCUGGUAAUGUUCCUAGAUUGACGCCACGCGUGAGUCAGUUGAGACAAGAGGAAUGUGUAGAUGUUGCCGGCCGAGAAGCGGCACACGAGAAAGAAAUUCAUAGUGCCAUGCAGAUAUCGCAGUCAUGGGAAGACCUCACCUUAGAAGCGGAAGGACUGUCAUUCAAAGAUUCAGAGUCUCCCACGCAGCUUAACAAAAUGGAACGACCGAAGAGGCUAUUGGAUCCCCUAAGUCUGAAUUUGUCUAUCACCGGCUCAUCGCUGUGUUCCUCACCCUCUCCCACGCGAUCCGGUUUUAAUCAAAGACAGUGCUACUCUCCUGGUAUUCACAUCUGGAAGAACAAUUUGUCUCCUAGUCCUACGAGAAAGGCGUUUGCCACAAGACGCAGUUUGAGUCCUAUCGCAAUAAGGCCAAGCAGUUUGGGGCCAGUCAAAAGAAAAUUUGAACUAGACGAGGCUGGGAUGGACAACUUGCAACCGCCUGCAAAACGCACUUUUGGUCUACUGGCCUCAGUCGCAUCCAGAUUGGAUGCAUUGUCCAGCCCACUCCCAGGCACUAUCAGUUCCGUGGGCACGCCCGAAUCGUUAUCAAGCGCGGAUUCGCCUAGUUUCUCUUUUCGGCCAGUGGACAGUCCAUCACCAGUUCGUGUGGGUCCGAAUAGUGACAGCGAUUCCCUAUCAGACAUGAGCAAUCAAAGCAAAUCGAUGGAUCAAAUCCGCACCGAUCAGAUCAGUCAAGACAAUCACAGAUGAACGUGAGAGAUUAUCGGACACGCAAAAGCUUGAAGAUUGGACGUGUCAUUUGAAUCUUCUCGGCACAUUGAAUGUGAGGCAGAAGGUAUUUGUGUGUCUCACACCAAAUCCAAAAAUCGCAAGCAUAUCUUUCUCGUCGGUCUUGUCGAUUGUUGACAAAAAAAAAAGACAGUUAUGUUGACAUAAAUUACUUGGAACUUUAGUGCAAGUGUGCGAUAUAAAGUUUAUAAGAUGCGCAUUUCUAAAUGUGUGUCUUUCUCCUCUUCGAUGUAUAAGUAAACGUAGCGCCAACAGUGUUCUCUUCCCUUAAUUAUGCUAACCAAACAUAUCGGCGAAAGAAAGACGCUUUACAAUCCCCUCUUCUCUCCUCCUCCCCUCCCCUCCCUUUUCCUGGUAAUCGUAUCGUUUCGUUAGAUUUAUUCCGGAGUAAAGUAUUUAUGCUCUCCGAGACAUUGGCAUGAUUUACUUUCUGUUUUCUUUUUUUUUUAAGUAGCUUUAUACAAUAAUUCUAUAUGUAUCGAUUAAUGUAUACACGAUAUAAUGCCUCUGUUCUCCGCUUUAUUUGUUUUAUCCAUCCUAUUCGACGACCUUUGGCUCUUGUUAUCUAUUUUUAAUACGUGAUUUUUUUGGCAUUGGAUAAUUCCCUAUCCAGUGACUGCUAAAAUGCAUAAUUUAUAAUCGAAAUUAUUUGUUGUAUGAUGAUCAAGAUUGUGUUUCGCGUUUAAUCGGCCCCGUAAUAUUGUAUAGACACAAUUUAAUCAUCUCUAAUCUCUUUUUUAUUAUUAUCAUUUUCACCGAUAUUGCGAUGGGACUUGAGUUUUCAUCUCAGCGAGAUAUUUGCACGUAAUUUGAAUCUUCAGGCUCGUAUUCUUGGUGUAACAAUCAGUGUUAAAUACUAAUGGAAGAUUCCGAAGUUUUCAUUUAGAAAAGUAUGUUUAAGGUGACAAGAUCAUAACAUAGAAGUAAUAAAUAUUCGAAAAGAGAGCAGGUUUGUAAAAAAAAAGUAUUCGAAUCUUUCAAGCAAAUCUCCGAGUCAUUUUUAGAGACUUACGAUGAGGAUAUGCCGCAUAUCUUCUUGAAGAUUAAAGAUACUUUUGAUUUUCUCUAUGAAAAGGAAAAUUCGCAAGCAUUGCGUGUUUUUUCGAGCAUUUUUGAACACUGUCAGUUUGCCAAAAAAUGUAUUUACGGGUGAAACUCGAGUACCAGUGUAUAUCGAAUAUUUAGUAAUGUAUGUACAUAUAUAUGUAGCAAUGCUGCUAUAACUCACAUGAGAUAACGAUCUUGUCUUACGUAAAUAAUAAUAAUAAUAAUAAUAAUAAUAAUAAUAAUAGUAAUAAUAAUAAUAAUAAUAAUAUAUAGACUCGUCUGUCCUAGAUUUCUUUGAAUAAUAUCGUACAAAUAGCUCUAUUUCUCUCUCUAGCGCUUUGUGAAUAAUAUUACGUAGACACUUCAUAGGAUCUUCCCUUUAUCUAAACCAAAGCAUAAAUAUUAAGUUAAAGCUCAUAUUACAUUUAAUACGCCCAUUGUUCUUUCUUCUCUUAUUUUCGGUGAAACCAAAUGUGCAAAAUCGUUCGAGCUCGUCUUUCCGCGCUUCUGACGAAAUGCAUCUUUCUAUGAAAACUACACGUGAAACGUGUAAUGAUUUUUGGAACAAGUGCAGCAUUCCGAGAAGAUUCUGCGCACGAUCUCGAUCGAGCGUCACUUUUGGAAUAUAAAUGUUUUGUAUAAAUAUAUAUGAGUAGAAAGACACGUUAUUUAUAUAUAUUUAAAUAAAGUAUCAUGUUUCAGAAGAGAGAGAAAGAGAGUAAAUUCAAUUGACGAUGCUACGAGAAUCUGACUGUGCCAGAAAAUAUUAUUAGUAAUAUACGCAGAAAGGAUUGUUUAAAUCUUGUAUGCGUUUUAGCAUGUAUCUUUCAAACUUCCGCUCGCCUGUUAAUAAACUGAUGAUAGAUUAUGUCACAUUUCAUUUUUACGCGACGUGCCGAUGAACGAUUUUUAUUAUGCAUCCAACACGUGCGCGUGGACAAUAAAAAUCGUCCAUACAAACCAUUCUAAUCGACUUUCGAAGAUCUUGGCAUCUUUUCUAGCAUUAUAUUUUUCACCUUGCGUAAGACGCGAAUAUCGCGAAUAGAUCACUGUGCGUAGGUUGCGUAUUUUUAAUAGAAAAUCUACGAUUCGUAAAAAAAAUGUGAAUGUGAAGUGCUGUAUUUCUUAUACAUAUAUGCUGACCUUCGUAAAGUAGAUUUUAGCGUAUAAUCGGAUAUAUAGCAAAUCUCUAGCAAGAAAAUGGAUUUUUCCGUGUGUAUGCUUCCUACGUCUAAGACUGAUGUCACGCUAGGCGUAUAAAAAACAAAAGUUUCCUUUCUUCUCCCCCGUUCACAUAUAUCGGACUUACGAGUAUGCCACUUGAAUAUCUUCAUUAUAAAAUUUUGUGCGUAAAAGAAGAAUGAAAAGCGUGCUUUUUGCAUAAUUCUGACAGGAACAUACAGAAAAGAAAUUAAUAUCGAACCAACAAUCAUUGUAUCACAUAUAAACAAGAAUAUAUAAUUUA